AUGUCUUCAUUACCAUCCACAUCCAACCAUUCUUCGCCAUCAUCCUCAAACUCGCAUUCUGCUUAUAUCAAUGGAAAUGCAUAUGUAGAUGAGAUUAUUAACAUUUCGCAGCGCGAUAACAAAUUGUCUCAUGACACUCUACAGUGGAUUCCAUACGAUGAGCUGGAGGAUGUAAAAGAACUUGCCAAGAAUGACUAUUCAAGCGUAUCGGUUGCAAAAUGGAUAAAGAAAAAGAAGCAAGGAGUGUUUAAAAAAAUGAGCGGGGGAAAAGCACCAAACGAAGUCGUUGUUUCCGUUAAAACCUUGUUUAAUUCAAAAUUCGUGUCUAAAGAAUUCGUCGAGGAGUUCAAACGCCAUUUUAUCAAUGACACAUCCGCAACAAAAACCUCUACAUUUCACGUAUACGGGUUUACUCGCACACCCUCGUCAGACCUCGCUAUAAUUGCCACCUACUACCCUUCCAAUCUCUAUGCAUACCUCUCAUCACACACCUUGACACCUCUUCACAAACUCCGUCUCUUACAUACCCUUGCUACCAGACUCUCCACGUUGCACAACUCGAAGCUCACCCACCGUGCUGUGCACGGAGGAAACGUGCUUGUCGACGAAGGGAAGAAUGAAGAAAACGAGGCAUGUUCCGCAGAACUGGUUGAUUUCGGAAUAUCCUGGACGGACGGUGGAGUAUUCGGUGUGCCGGAAUAUGUAGAUCCAAGUAUUGUCGUUGGAGGAUCCAAUGCCUGGGAUCAGGCAGAUAUAUUCGCUUUCGGCAUUAUCAUGUGGGAAGUAGCUUACGAGCGCUUUUUCUCUGAUGGAGUUGGAAAAGUUCUCCCCAAGCCAUUUAUAAUAGAGUCGCACAACAAUGCUGGCCCCAGCAGCACCGCUCCGAACCCCACCAAUUCCUUCCAUCGUUCGAUAUACCCUCAUCUGCUCACAUUGAUGGAUGAUACGAUUCCUCCACUCUAUGCAAGUUUGAUCCGCAGAUGCUGGCAUCCAUUGUCGUCUCGACGACCUAGUGCUGGGGAAUUGACAAAAACUUUAAACGUGUUCGUCAAGUCUCUUGAAUCACGUGACUCAUACCCAGAAAUCAGAAGUCAGUUUGAUGAAAAUUGGAACCAUGGACAGGUGAAGAAUGAGGCUUUUGCUAACGGAUGGAAUGGCUCCACGCGAAAGACGUUUAUAUCGAUCGAAAAAUGGGACGGAUGGAGCGAAAUUGUGAAAAAGUGGGAAGAGGAUGAAGCGACCGUUAAGAAAUCUGUUAUAGGCGGAGUAGACAGCAAAUCACGCAACAGUGAAGAAAUAACUGCGUCAUGCACCUCGAAAGGCGAUGAAACUGAUGAUGCUGACACGAUAAACGGACAGGAGUUGAUGUCUGAUGAUAAUUUGUCGAGGGUUGAACAUGGUAUGGAAGGAGUGCAUGGUUUAUUCAUAUGGGGUAUGGUAGUAGCAGUUACAUUAAGAGAGAAACAAUCAAAUAAUACUUGCGUAUUUAUAGGUGAUUCGGAUGAAGAACAUAAUAAAGUCACGGGACAUGUGAUACUCUCAUUGGACGUCCAAUCAUCCAAGCUUACGUCUAAAGAUGACCACUCAGCUGCGGAUAACAUAGAUGCUGGUUCGUCAACGUCAAAUUCGCAAUCUUUAGCCGUUUCCACGAAUGAUGACAAAACAAGCAGCGCAUCGUCUGACGCAGAUGUAAAAAGCAUCCAACAAGCGAUUGAGCUUUCAAAGGGUGAUGAUGGGAACUUUGCGGUUGGCGAUUGGGUAGAUGUAAAUGAAGAGCUGAAGAAUAUGCAAAUUGAAGGAGUUACAGAUGAUCAAAUGAAGGAAGCUUAUAAAGGAAAGACUAAGCACAGAAGGACACCAAAUGCUUCUAAAUCCGAAGGAUCUCAUUCUAGCUUUUCGUCACCGGCCGCAUCAAUAUCUCGACUGCUAAGUCAUUCGGUGUCGUCGAUUGAUAGUAAACGUAAUGUGAAUGAGGUCACAACAACGGGCAAGGCGAUUAAAACUAGGAGCGUGAAGAUUAAGGAUGCCGAUGGUAUAUCUCACGAUUCAGCAGAGAAUGAAUCUGGUGAUUCGCCAAACACUAAACAAGUCAAGCGACGCAAGUCACGCGUACUGAAUGCUUUUAAGAGUAUGAAACAAAAGAUUUUCACUCGGUUCGGUAGCACGUCCGGCAUUUGGUAUAAUGGUCUACGACUACCCAUUCUAUUGAACUGGCCUCGCUUACCAGCGCCAGAUAGAAAGGCAAAAGAGGGAAAUGGAAGCGUCGGUGGUGCGGGAGGACAAAUAGAGAGACUGAGCACCUCCAAAAUGUCUAAAACACUUCAGUCUUCUCCCAUCAACAAAUAUAUUAUAGACAACGACGACGCAGACCGUUGA